AUGACCGAGCCCGAGAAUUUCGAGGAAGACCUCUUCGCCGAUCUCUACGACGAUGACACCCCAGCGAAGCCAGCUGCCGCCCAGCAACCCGCGCCGCCUCCUGUCCCAGUCGCCGUUCCUCAACAAAGCGUCGAGACACAUGCCGAACCACCUCCCCAGCCUGAACAGGAAUACGGUGGCGGUGGUGAUGACGAUCAAAUGAAGUACGAAGAAGAGGAUGACGAUGAUGAAGUAGACUUCAACCUAGGUGGUGACGGCGGCGGCGGCGGCGGCGGUGGUGGUGGAAGCACCGGUUAUGCGCCGCCCUCAAACGGGUUUGCUGGCAACAAGCAGGAAGAACCCACGUACUCGACAAGCACGGCCAAGAACCCGAGUGCCAAGGAAGAUGGCAAGAUGUUUAUUGGUGGCCUUAAUUGGGAGACGACUGAUCAAUCCCUAAGGGACUACUUCUCUCAGUUCGGCGAGGUUGUUGAGUGCACCGUCAUGAGAGACAGCAGCACCGGACGAUCAAGAGGCUUUGGCUUCCUGACAUUCAGAGACGCCAAGACGGUGAACAUUGUUAUGGUCAAGGAACACUUUUUGGAUGGCAAGAUCAUUGACCCCAAGCGAGCAAUUCCUCGCGACGAGCAAGAAAAGACUAGCAAGAUCUUCGUCGGUGGCGUCAGUCAAGAUACGACCGAUCAAGAGUUCAAGGACUAUUUCGCCCAGUUCGGCCGUGUGGUGGACGCGACCUUGAUGAUGGACAAGGACACCGGUCGCCCUCGCGGUUUCGGCUUCGUCACGUUUGAAAGCGAGGCCGGCGUUGAUGCCUGCCUCAGCACCAGUCUGGAGAUUCACGGCAAGCCGAUUGAGGUCAAGAAGGCUCAGCCGCGUGGCAAUCUUCGCGAAGAAGAAGAAGCCGCACGACGGGGAGGAAAGUUCAGGAAGGGCGAAGACGGUGCCCAAGGUGGACAAGGCGGGAUGGGAGGCGGCCAGAUGGGUGCUGCAGGGGGCAUGACGCCUCAGGUUAUGGCACAAUACUUCCAACGCAUGCAGCAGUAUUUCGCCAUGAUGCAGCAACAAAUGGCUAUGAGCAGAGGCAUGGGUCCUAUGAACCCGGCCAUGAUGCAGCAGAUGAUGCAAAUGCAGCAGAUGCAGCAGAUGCAGAACCAGAUGAUGGGCCGCGGUGGAGGCGGCAACGGGCAGCAAGGCAUGAUGGGCCAGAUGACGCCUCAAAUGAUGCAGCAGAUGCAGCAAAUGCAACAACAGAUGCAGCAGCAGAUGGGCCAGCAGGGCGGUCCCCCGUCUGGACCUAGCGGCAGCUUCAGCCCCCAGCAGCAAAUGUUCGACCCGUCUCAGGGAGGCCAGCCGCCACAGCAGCCCGGCGGCGGACAAGGACCGCGUCGGGGAGGCAGCAGCGGCGGCGGAGGUGCUCCCCGCGACCAGUACAAUCAGGCUGGCGCAUAUGCCAUGGGCGGUGGUGGCGUUGCUCCGACAUCGUGGGAGGGCAUGUACGACGAUGUUCCCCAGCCGAACCAGGGCGGCCGGGGAGGCUUCAGAGGCGGUCACCGUGGUGGCUCUCACAGCGGUGGCUCCCAUCAGGGAUCACCCGAUCCAGCGCAUGCCCCGCCUGCCAACGCGCCUACAGGACCCAAGAACGCGGGCAGACCCGGCGCUAACUACCGCGGCGGCGGACGUAGCAGCAACCGUGGAUUCCAUCCUUACUCGCGUUAG